AUGCGAAUGGGAAAAAAGCUUCACAUGGACCAAAGAGAUUACCUUAUCAGACCCAUAUCAGAAAAUGACAUUACCAUAGCCCUAAAGGGAAUUGGAAACCUCAAAGCUCCAGGGCUGGAUGGGUUUGGAGCCAAGUUAUUUAAAACCAGCUGGACAACUAUUAAAGAUGAUGUGAUAGCAAUUGUUAAGGAUUUUUUUGAAGCAGGUAAGAUAUACAAAGCGUUCAACAAUGAUGUAGUAUCCUUGAUUCCUAAAGGCCAUAAUGCUAGUGUAAUCCAAGACUAA